ACUUGAAGUUAUCAACAUUCAACAAUGUAAAACAAUAAAAUAUUUGAUUAACUUUCCUAUUGAUCCACUUGGUAUAUAUUCUAGACAGAUGAGGGAAUUAAUAUUAAUAGAACUAUAUAAACUAGAAUACGUAUGGGCUGGGAAUCCAAUAGGAAAUUUUGGCCUCGAAAAUCUCCAAUUGAUACACAUCAAAAGUUGCCCCUGUUUAACAGAUCUAUUCUAUUAUGAUGUAACAAAGAAGCUCCACAAACUAAAUGAAUUAAAGAUAGAGGCAUGUGGGAAGCUAAAAGAGUUAGUUUAUUCUUUAGGUGAAACUCAGAAACCACCAGCAAAGUUCCCAUCACUAACUAAGGUAGAGUUGAAGUCUCUCUCAAGAUUGCAAUUUUUCUACAUUUAUGGAGUAGAAUUGCCAAGUCUAAAAUCCUUGACAAUAGAAAAAUGUCCUCAAUUGAAAUCAUUCACAAAUGGGUUUGCAACUGAAGAUGCAUCGUCCACAAUUAUUGAUGGGAAGUCUUUAUUUGAGCUAAAUGAACUCACAUUAUGUAGUUGUGACAAGUUGGUUGUUGUUAUGUCAUCUAAGACUUUACAAGAGUUAGUAAAAUUGAAGAAACUCAUUGUGAGUCAUUGUAUGGAAUUGAAAAUGUUAUUCAACAUUGAUGGAAAAAUAUCUCAUUCAACUGAGCUCUUACAACAGUUAGAUGAAUUGAUCUUGAAUGAUCUACCUAAUUUAACCCAAAUCAUCAAUAAAGAAAUUGUCAAGUUCAAUCAAGACCUGAAAAUCCUACAAGUGAAGAAUUGUGAGUCUCUUGAAUGGUUGCCCAUAUCUCAAGUGCUAAAAAAUAUGGAAAUUACAGAUUGUAUGGCCUUGCAUAAAAUUAUGAUCAUCCAUGAAGAAGAAGGAAGGAGAGGGAAAACCACCUUUGCUCAAUUGAAGGAUGUGUCCCUCGUAAAUCUAUUAAAUCUCUCCAUUGCCUUUCCUAUUGCAGCUGAAUUUCCAUCCUUAGAAACACUGAAAAUAGAAAAUUGUCCUAGUUUGAAGACUUUUGUUGAAGAGUAUAACAAGGAGAAAGAUCACCCAGAAUUAGAUAACUCAAACUAUUUCUUUCCAAAUUCAUUGUCAUUGGACAAAUUGAAGGUACUUUAUGUAAUGAAUCAACCGGUUGAGGAGCUUUGGCACUACAGUUGUCCUUCUGAAUCAUUUUGUGAGUUGGAAAAUCUUACUUUGAGAAACAACAAAAAGUUAUUGAGUGUCUUCUCCCCCGCCAUGAUAGUAAGAUUCAACAAGCUAAAAAAAUUGACUUUGGAAAAAUGUGAAUUAUUGGCCGAGGUAUUUAUCCUUGAAGGUGACAAACCAAAUCAUGAUAACCAAGAAAUGCUUCCUCAACUAAGGGUGUUAGCAAUGAGUAACCUAAGUAAAUUGACAUGUUUCUGGAACAAGGAACCUCAAGUUCCAUUUUUCCUUAAUUUGGUUUCACUUUUCAUUAUUCAUUGUCAUUGCCUCAAAAGCUUAUUCUCACUUUCUCAAGCCAAAAAUCUUGAUAAACUCAAAAUAUUCAGAUUGUGUAAUUGUGAGAAAGUAGAAGAGGUAAUAUCUAGUGAUAAAGGUGAAAAGGUGGCUACCAUUUUCCCUAAAAUGAAAUGUCUUGUGCUCAAGGAUCUUCCAAAUCUUGUCAACUUUAGUCAGGAAGGAGGAUGUUUUAAUUGGCCUAACUUACAAACAGUGAGGGUGAACAAUAUUCCAAGUAUGAAAACAUUUUUGAGAGAUGAUCUUAAUACACCAUUGUUGAAAUCAGUGUAUAUAACAUUUGUUAAGAAACUUUGGCUUGGAAAUUUGAAGAAGACCAUAUCGUAUAUGCACAACAAUCCAGGAAUGAAAUUGCAAGGAAGAAUAUGAAGAUUACAUAUUAAUUAAACAGAAGAGAUUUGAGGAAAGGCUUAAAAGUCGUAUUAAUCAAGUAUAAAUAUAUAC